AUGGGUCCGAGAUCGUCAGUCGCAGUGACGCUCUCUUGCCUCCUGGCUGUGGUGCUGAUCAGCUCGUCGGCGUCGGCUUUCAACAUCAGCCGGCUGCUCGGCCGGUUCCCGGAGUUCAGCGUCAUGAGAGAUCUCCUCAACCAGACCGACCUGGUCGGGGAGAUCAACAGCCGCCAGAGCAUCACCAUUCUCGCCGUCGACAAUGGCGCCCUCGGCUCCCUCUCCGGUGAGCCGCUCGAGCUCGUCCGCCGGAUCCUCAGCGUCCACGUCAUCCUGGACUACUACGACAUCCCCAAGAUCCAGCAGCUCUCCAGGAAGCAGAGCAUCGUCACUACCCUCUACCAGUCCUCAGGCGUCGCCGACUCCAUGCAGGGGUUUCUGAACAUCACCUCCACCAAGGACCAUAAGAUCGGCUUCGCCUCUGCGGUGAAGGGCUCUCCCGUCGACGUCAAGCUCGUGAAGAUGGUGGCUUGCCAGCCUUACAACAUCUCGGUGCUCCAAGUCUCCGGUGUCAUCACACCUCCCGGAAUCGACGGGAAGGCUUUCUUGACGCCAGGGCCAGAGCCAAAAAAGUCGGCGCCGGUGCCUGCACCAGCUCCAUCGAAGCACAAGAAGAAUAUUAAAAGCCCGGCCCCGAGUCCAGACGCAGAGGAAGCCGAGGCUCCGGAGGCCGAGUCACCGGCGAACUCACCAGCAGAUUCACCCGGUCCAGCUGCCGAUGCAGAUGAGGACCCCGCCGCCGAUGAGGAGUCCGACGACGAGGCUGCGCCAAGUCCGACAAGCUCCGCCGUGCACUUUGCUUCCAGCUCCCUGGGAGGCCUGGUUUUGGCAGCGGUGGCGUUGGGCGCUGCUUUCUAACUUCUCUAACAGCCAGAUGCAGUAAUGUCAUCGCCGCAUGCAACCAAACCAAACAUGUACGCAACGGAAAACGGGAAGUGAAACUUGUUGAUCGGAAGUUAGACACUUCACGGAUAUCAUUGUAAUUAUGCCAUUGCUAAUGCUUUCUAGC